AUUCUGGAAGAUGAUCAUCAUUCAGUUUUUACCAAACAAACGAAUAACAACAAUUUAAACAAAAUGAAAUUCUUCAUUGUUUUUGCUGCUCUCUUUGCCCUUGCUUUGGCUGCUCCCGCUGAACACCAAGCCGAAAUCGUUCAUCAAGAAUCUGAUGUUGAACCUGAGGGCUUCAGAUUCCUUACCGAAACCUCUGAUGGUACCCAUCACGAUGCUGAAGGUAAGGUGAAGGAUGUUGGCUCUGAACACGAAGCCAUCGUUGUUCACGGUUCUUACUCCUGGGUUGAUGAGAAGACUGGCGAAAAAUUCACCGUUAACUAUGUUGCCGAUGAAAACGGUUUCCAACCUGAAGGUGCUCAUUUGCCCAAACCCGAACAUUAAGUGAAUUGUUUAAUUGUUAUUAAAAAAAAAUAUUUUCAAAAGAAUAAAUUAAUAUGAAUUUUAAAAUUUA